GCUGCUGCUGCUGAUGAGGAUGAUGAGUGUGAGCAUGUGGCGGGGAAACACUGGAGCUGCAGCCUCGUAACGAGCUGCUGGAGCUCAGUCCGUGGGAGGGGUCAUGCAGACCUUCCUCUCUAAUUGACCACAGGGAGCAGAAGCGGCAGCAGCAGCAGGCGGGGGAUGCGACGUCGAGCCACAGCCGCGGACACAGAAGUGGACGCAUGUGGGGUUUCGACUCGUCUUUGGGGGUGAAACCCAGUCCGUGUUCAGAUGGCCGAUGUGGAACUGUUUAACUUUGAUCAGUCCGACGCCUCCCGGAUUGUGGCGGAGAUCAGCGGCGGAGGAAAGUGGCUUCAUCCCCGCGGAGGAGGAGGAGGAGAAGAGCGUUCAGCACCAUGGACAGCGCAGCGGAGCGCGGCGCGGAUGCAGGAGGAAACAGAAACAUGUUUCACCCGCUGCAGAGAUGAUGAGGAUGAGGAUGAAGAUGAUGAUGAUGAUGAUGAUGUGCAGCUCUUAGAGACAAAUCCCCAAACCUGCACACCUAGUCAGAGCUCCCAAAGUGAGGACGAGGAGGAAGAAGAGGAGGAGGAGGUGGUAAUGGAGGAAGAGGAGGAGAUCCCGGAACUUUUUUUGCUCUCCGAUGAAGACUUGUCCUCUGACGGCUCCGAGAAGUCUGCGGAUUACGGCUUCAUCAUCGCGGUGAGCUGCCUGGUCACCGGCAUCUCUCUGGUGGCCAUCUCCUACACGGUGCCCAGGGACGUGCGCGUGGACCCGGACAGCGUCUCCGCGCGGGAGAUGGAGCGCCUGGAGCGGGAGAAAGCCCGAGUCGGCGCCCACCUGGACCGCUGUGUCAUCGCGGGACUGUGCCUGCUCACGCUGGGCGGCGUGCUGCUCUCCACGCUGCUCAUGGUCUCCAUGUGGCAGGGCGAGAUGAUGAGGAGGAAGGCGUUCGCUUACUCCAAACAUGCGGCCAACAAGUUGUACGGCUCCAUCAACCUGAGAGCGGCGUCCAGUCCGAGUCGGGAAUCCUGUUCACAUCUGUCAGCGACGGAGGAGGAUUUGGAGGUUGUCAGCUGAGUUUAUGGACAGAGUGAGACUCUGAAGUGUCCCCACUAAUCCCUGCCAGUGUCCUCCUACAACUGAGGAUCUUUAAAGUCUGAGGAAACAUUUUCUCUUUUAAAGGAUAAAUUCACCUUUUUUUUCCAAGCCUGUCACAUUUAUUUUACCAUUCCAAUUUCAUUUCAGUUGAAUUAUAUACUGUAUAUGCUCAGUCUUUUCCUGGUUGGAUAUGUGUCAGAAGAAGUUAUCAAGAGGAUUUAGUGACUGUGACUAUGGGCAGAGGGACACUGCAGUCCUCUGCUAAUGUUUCAAUAUUAAGGACUAAAACAACUUACUAAAAACCUACGUAAUCAAUGUUUUCAUUCAAUAACUGCUAACGUUACCUUUAAUAGUCCAAGUUUCUCCUUAAGGACAGCUGUCUUAUAUUUUUUAGUGGUAAAUUGUAAGAGACUUACAGGUGUACGGACGUACAGGCAAUUCAGAUGAGUUCAAAUCAGCUCAGUUUAUUUCAGUUAUACAUUCAAGUCAGUUGAAAUGAUUGAUCCAUUAUGAAAAAAAUGAAUUAAUGAUUAAUUUCUGACUUCUCAGUGAGCCGACUCACUUACUCUGUUAGGUUAAUGUAUUUUCUACAAAUUAAAUCUCGACUAAACACAGGCUUGUCAACUGAAAACCUGGUGAAUCUGUUGCUAGAAGUAUGUAAAAGGUGACUAAUCUGUAGAAGAAUCUAAAAUAUAAAACAUAUUCUGGUUUGUUUGAAACUUUUUUCCACAGUUUUUAUAUUUUCAGUCUUAAUCUACAAUGUAGAAAGUCAUAAAAAGCAAAGAAAAAAACACUGAAUGACAACGUUUUACUGUGCAGGUGCACAGUUUGUGUCGUUGGAUGCCACAAUAGCAUUAUUGUCAUUUUUGCUUAAAACCGCUGCUUCAAAAACACGAUUCUUAAUGUCCAAGUGUCAAAAUCACAGCGCAGUUUAUUCCUGCAGCACCAGCAUCUUCAUCUCUAAAAUAAUCUCAAUUCAAAUGAAUGAAGAAGCUGUUGGUUUGUUUGUUUUGUUGUUUUCCCGCAGGCUUAAAGAUGAUCUAAAUUAAGCCAUGAUCAAAUAUUCUGAAAUCAUCCACAAGUUACAGAGUCUUUAAAGAAAACAAUGACCAGGGAAACAAAGACACACAACAACAGCAACAGUGGACAACACCCACUUCAUGAUUAUGACUCAGACUGCAGGAAGCCUUGUUUUAACUUUAGAUAAAUACUGUGUCAAAAUGAAUGCUUUAAAAUGAGUGGAUUUUUGUCCGUUUAGAAUCAGAUGAAACUGCAGAGAAUAUUGACUGGUUAUUGUUACAUUCACAUUGUUAAUAAACAAUUUCAAUUUGACAAUAAGGCCUUCAGUGUGGUACAGUGCAAACAAACGAUGGACAUUAUGUCACUCAUGACACCGUGUAGACAAUCGACUUGGGAAUUAAAGACUAAACUAGACAAGUCUAAAAUAAAAAUAAAAUUGAAUCAAGGAUUUGGAGAAUAUAUGAGCUUAGUCGGACUGGAGUCGGACUGGAGUCGGACUUGGCGUUUCCUCCUUUCUCCUUUGACCUGGAAGAAGGAGACGAUGUAUAAACUGCAGCGGCGUCUGCAUCGUUCUUUGGACAACACAGCAACCACAGGAGACAUGCUCCGUCUAAUUUGUAUCACGAUUAACAUGAACAGCAAGUAUGAAACACACAG